AUGGAGGACAUCUACGAUGGGGACAUGCUGUUCAAGCUGCAAACUGGUACCGUCCGAGAAGUUAACUCCACGGGUACUGUUCGUGAUCGACCGUGCGAGAAUGGUGCAAAUGCAACAAAGCUUGUUAGCCAUCGCUAUGGACUAGCGCUCUCCAUGAAUCUUAACUGGUUCGGUCUUCUCUCUGGACGACCGCAUUCAACAGGUCCAAUCUAUCUUGCGAUCAACAACCUUCCACUUCUACCCGGUCCUGGUGAGCCGAACCAACAGCAGCUUAAUCAUGUGCUGGAGCCAGGCAUCAAGGAAAUGAUUAGCCUUCACAACGGCAUUGAGAUGCGUGUUCACGAUCAAGAUUCUGCGAAAGUCUACGCCAACUUCCUCUGCGAUAACUGCAACACCCCUGCCGCUCGCAAGGUUAGCGGCACUGCAGGACACAAUCAUGAUUUUCACCCCUGCCUUUAUUGCGACAUCGAUAUCCUGGACAUCAACAAAUCCAGUGGCUACGAUAAUUCUCGGGAAGCGAAAGACGACUACAAAAUGCUGAAACACGCAUUCUUUGCAAAAGGGGUCAAUGUUCGUCACGAGAGUGCAAUCCUCCGAGAUCAUGGGGUUUGCUGGAGCAUUAUGAACUUGCUCGCUGGCUGGCUUCCUUCGUCCCAGACGGUUCUUGACUUCAUGCAUGCAGUAUUUUUAGGAAUCAUUGCCCAUCUAUUUCUCGAUGUACUCUUCAAAUGGUACAUGUUCUCUGGCACUGGAGGUGAUGAGUCCCCGAAACAGAAGUUCGAAGAUACAGUGAACUCGGUUCGUUGGCCCAGUCAUGUUACCCGACUCCCAAAGAAUCUGGGUGAGAAUCAGUUCUUGAAAAAGGCGGACGAGUGGCGCCGUCUCCUUACCAUCACACCAGUUCUCCUAUGA